AACUUUAGAAUCUUCGAUUCAUUUCAACCAGUUUCCCAAAAUUCUUCCAGUUGUUAUUUAUGUAUUUUACUUAUUUCCCCUAAGGGUAUAUAAAAAAAUACAUUUAUGCAAAUUUUACCGGAAAAGAAACUUUGAACUCUUAAGUUUCGACCAAUGAGAGAGAUGCAGGCUGCCGAUUGGUAGUGGUCUUGGAGGGAGGGGGCUGACUGAAGCCUGAAGGAUGAGUGCGAGGAGAAGAGGUGGGAAGCCCAACAGAGGAGGAGGGAGAUUUAACAAACCGAGAGGAAGAGGAGGCGGUGGCGGCGGAGGUGGAGGUCGGAAAGGAGGAGCAGGUUUUUUGGAUGAUGACGAUUUCAGCCUAGAUUUUGGACCUCCUCAUCCCAGCAGACCAAGUAGGGGGCGAGGAAGAGGAGGCAAAGAGAAGGGACGUGGAAGGGGAGGUCACGAUCGAGAUGGUGGACGGGAUUCAAAAAGCAGCUGGAAGCCUCUCCCCAGGUCCUUGGCAAGUCACAGAGUUUCUUCUAAACCCAAAGCGGAUGGUUUCAAGUCGGAUGCUAGCGGCACGCCGAUGCAGAGAAUCUUCAUGACCAACGAGAACCAGGAGCACCUGAAGAAGUUGCUGCGGGAACUCGAAACGCAGGAAUUUGACAAUCCCUCUGAUGACAGUGCCUCAAAUUACUCCGGAGGGGAGGAAGAAGAGGAAUUUGACGAGCUGGAUCACCGUGAGGAAGGCCAGUUUUGGGCCACAAAUGAUGAGCCUGUGGAGAAAGCAGAGAGUCCUGUUUAUGAUUUUGAGUCCGACAAAGACCAACCCCCUUCUGAACCCGUCAUCUCCUUAUUUGCUAUUGGAAAACUUUGCAGGUAUGGCUUUGAUAGGGAACGCAGCAAACAGGCGCUAGAGUCUGGGAGCGGAGAAUUUGGUGCGACCUUAGAACAGCUCCUUCUCCAGGUUUUUAGUGAACGCUUUGGACAGAAGGCGGUGUUCCCCGACGGUCUUCAGGGGCUGCCGAUGGACGAGUGUUUGAGCCAGAGGCAGGAGGAAGUGCUGGUCUUGUCCGCCAUCUACGGCGAGCGAUUUAAUGAGCGCAUUGCCAACGCCGUCUGGUCCAUCAGCCUGGAUCUUCCUUUCUUGUCAGACCGUGCCGCUAAGAAUGAAGGAAAGUCCGAAAAAACUGUCGGAAAGCGAGAGGUGUGCAGGUUCUUCCUGAAAAACCAAGGAUGCCACUUUGGGGACAGGUGCAGGUUCAGACACGAACUACCAAAAAAAGAGAAGUCGUGGUCCGAUUCUUCAGACUUUAAUGGUCCUAGUCACCCUGGCUUCAGCAGCUAUUCCCCUCCUGAGUAUGACCUAGAAAUCCGCUUUCCCAAAGAAAACCGGUACCCCCAUCAGGCUCCGAUCGUGGCCUUCAGCACCAACGAUGAGUCCAUUGGGGCCGCAGCCAGACUCAGCAUCACUGAGACAUUGUACGAGGUGGCGCUAGCUGCAGCGAAGAAGGGCGAACCCGUCGUUUAUUCACUCGUAAGCUCAUGCGAGGACGAACCUUGUAUGAAAAAACUGUUGGCCGUGACUCAUCACAAGUACAGUACACCGCCCCCUGUGAUCGUCCCCCCGCCACCUUCUCACCAGACCAUAAAAAGUAGGAGCACAAGGAGCGGCGCCUCAGAGGAAAGCAGGAGCGGUAACGCCAGCAGCCGGAGGGCUGCCAACAUCCAGAGACCUGCAGAGAGGGAGAUCGAGGAGGUGGAGGACCAGGACGAGGACAUGGAAGAAAAGGCCGUUCCGGUCGAGACCGAGAGCUACGUCAACCUGAGGAAGAAGAUGGCGAGCAGGCACAACCACAAGAUUGACAACCUGCUGGAAGGAAACGGCAAGCUGCAGCGAGACUUCCGCCAAAGACAGUCUUCCAAGCGCUUCAGGUCCAUGCUGGAGCAGAGAAAGAACCUACCAGCCUGGCAGGAAAGGGACAACAUCCUAGAAGUGUUGAACAGGAGCCAGGUGCUGGUGGUCAGUGGGAUGACUGGGUGUGGGAAGACCACCCAGAUCCCUCAGUUCAUCCUGGACGCCUCUCUAAACGGUCCGGCUGAACAGGUGGCAAACGUGCUCUGCACUCAGCCGCGCCGCAUUUCCGCCAUCACUGUGGCUCAGAGAGUCGCACAGGAGCGCGCAGAGAGCCUUGGCAACUCGGUGGGCUACCAGAUCCGACUGGAGAGCGUCAAGUCGUCGGCCACCAGGCUGCUGUACUGCACCACCGGCGUUCUGCUGAGAAGACUGGAGGGUGAUGCCGACCUCAAGGGGGUCACGCAUGUCAUCGUGGAUGAGGUGCACGAGCGAACAGAGGAGAGUGAUUUCUUGCUGUUGGUGCUGAAGGACUUGAUCAUAAAACGCCCGGAUCUGAAGAUUGUUCUCAUGAGUGCCACUCUCAACGCCAACCUUUUCUCAGAGUAUUUCUAUAACUGUCCCACCGUGCACAUUCCAGGACGCACAUUCCCCGUUGAUCAGUUCUUCCUCGAAGACGCCAUUGCUAAAACUGGCUACGUCAUUGAAGAUGGCAGCCCUUUCAUGCGCUCAGGAAAACAAAAUACCUCUUCUGCGAGUGGGAAAGGCGUUAAAGGAGAGCGGAGGGACGUGGUGGAUGAUUUGGGCGAAGAUGUUUGGAAUUUCAUGUCUUUUUCCAAAAAAGACUUUGUGAAGGACUCAAUUCCAGACCAGCAGCUCAGCCUGCAGGAGCUCACAGUCCGAUACAAAGAUACCAAAAAGUCUGUUCUUAAGACUUUAGCUGCUAUGGAUCUGGAUAAGAUCAACAUGGAUCUGGUGGAGAGCCUGCUGGAGUGGAUAGUUGACGGAAAACACAACUACCCGCCAGGUGCAGUGCUGGUGUUUCUGCCAGGCCUCGCUGAGAUCAAGAUGCUCUACGAGCAGCUGCAGUCCAACAGAAUGUUCAACAACAGGGGCGCCUCCAGAUGUGUGGUCUAUCCUCUCCACUCAACCUUGUCCAACGACGAGCAGCAGGCGGUUUUCAACCGGCCUCCGGAGGGCGUCACGAAAAUCAUCAUCUCCACAAACAUCGCAGAGACCUCAGUGACCAUCGACGAUGUGGUGUACGUCAUCGACUCCGGCAAGAUGAAGGAGAAGAGGUACGACGCGACCAAAAGUAUGGAGAGCUUGGAGGACACGUGGGUGUCCCGGGCCAACGCGCUGCAAAGGAAGGGUCGAGCAGGUCGCGUGGCCUCAGGCGUCUGCUUCCACCUCUUCACCAGCCACUGCUUCCGACACCUGCUGGCAGAGCAGCAGCUGCCCGAGAUACAGAGAGUUCCUCUGGAGCAACUCUGCCUGCGAGUUAAGGUCCUGGACGUGUUUGCCGACCAGCUCUUGGAGUCCGUCUUCUCUCGGCUCAUCGAGCCCCCGGCCGCGGAGAGCCUGGACGCGGCCAAGCACCGCCUCCAGGACCUGGGCGCCCUGACCCCUGAGGAGAUGCUGACCCCGCUGGGCUACCACCUGGCCUGCCUGCCCGUCGACGUGCGCAUCGGGAAACUCAUGCUGUUCGGCGCCAUUUUCCGCUGCCUGGACCCGGCGCUCACCAUCGCCGCCAGUCUGGCCUUCAAGUCGCCAUUCGUGUCGCCGUGGGAUAAGCGGGAGGAAGCUAAUGAGAAGAAGCUAGCCUUCGCGGUGGCUAAUAGUGACCAUCUGGCGUUGUUGCAGGCUUAUAAGGGAUGGUGCAGCUCAGCUAAGAACAGCAACAAGGCUGGCUUCCUGUACUGCAGGGAGAACUUCCUGUCGUGGCGCGGUUUACAGGAGAUCGCCAGCCUGAAGAGACAGUUUGCAGAGCUGCUGUCUGACAUCGGCUUCAUCAAAGAAGGCCUGAGAGCGAGGGUCAUCGAGCGCAUGUCCUCACAGGGCGCCGACGGGGUUCUGGAGGCCACCGGCUCUGAGGCAAACCUCAACUCUGAAAACACCCGGCUCAUGUCCGCCAUGCUGUGUGCCGCCCUCUACCCCAACGUGGUCCAGGUCCGAGCUCCUCAGGGGAACUUCAAGAUGACGAGCACGGGAGCCAUGAAAAUGCAGCCCAAAGCCAACGAGCUGCGCUUCGCCACCAAGAACGACGGAUACGUUCACAUCCACCCCUCAUCCGUCAACUAUACGGUGCGUCACUACGACAGCCCCUACCUGGUUUACCACGAGAAGGUGAAGACGAGCCGCGUCUUCAUCAGAGACUGCAGCAUGGCGUCCGUGUACCCGCUGGUGCUGCUCGGGGGAGGCCAGAUAGACGUGGAGCUGCGGCACGGACAGUUCGUCAUCUCCCUGGAUGACGGAUGGAUCCAAUUUGCUGCUGCAUCCCAUCAGGUGGCUGAGCUGAUGAAGGGGCUGCGCUGGGAGCUGGACCGACUCCUGGAGGACAAAAUCAAGAACCCCAGCAUGGACCUGUGCAGCUGCCCGCGCGGCUCUCGCAUCAUCCACAUGAUCGUCCACCUCAUAAGCACCCAGUAGCUGCACUAGCCCCUCCCCCGUCUGCCCCCUACAGGUCUGCAUGCACGGAGCUCUGCUGCGCUAAUCAUGAUUCAGAUUUUAAAUAUUUUUCCAAGCUAAUUACGUGAAACUUCCUUAACCAUGUGCAUGAUUUAGCUCCUUACGACGCUUUAUUUUGAAAGUUUGCCUUUGAAGUUCUAUGCAGAUGAUCGUUGUCUGGGCUUUUUUUUAGUUCAUGUUAGGUUGUGUCGCUCUCACAACCGUGAAGUUUGUAUUCUUGGGUCCAUAUUGGAUCUCUUAAACCUCAACGCCUGGUUCUUCCUUUAGUGUGAUGCAUGAUGGAGAUCCAGGAGCUGCUGCAUGGAAUUCACUCGUCUGGUUUACAUUUGCUGAAUGUACUUUAAUGUUAAAGUGAUGAUGUCAUAACCGCGCCUUCACUAUGUGAACGCAAGGGCUUCGGAUAUCAGGACAGGAGACGCCAAAGACCUUUGGAAGAUGUCAACAACAAAAAAAUUAAGUUUAUGUGCAAAAAAAAAAAGACAAAUUAAAGUGUUAACUGGAGGUUA